ACUUCCCGGGAGGCUGUGCGCGGCGGCAGUCACGUGACGGGAGCGCGGGCUUUGGAAGACAGCGGAGCGCGACAGGAUCCGCGGCGGAGCUCAGGAGGGUGCGGGGCAGAGCAGCGUCCUGGGCAGCCCCCGACCCAGCGCUACUGUCGAGGCCUCGCGCUCCAAAGGCCAGCUGCCCGUCCUCUGUAUUGCUAUGGGAAUUCAAGGCCUGGCCAAACUGAUUGCUGAUGUGGCCCCUAGUGCCAUUCGGGAGAAUGACAUCAAGAGCUACUUUGGCCGCAAGGUGGCUAUUGAUGCCUCUAUGAGCAUUUAUCAGUUCCUGAUUGCAGUUCGCCAGGGUGGGGAUGUGCUGCAGAAUGAGGAGGGGGAGACCACCAGCCACCUGAUGGGCAUGUUCUACCGCACCAUCCGCAUGAUGGAGAACGGCAUCAAGCCCGUGUAUGUCUUCGACGGCAAGCCACCACAGCUCAAGUCGGGUGAGCUGGCCAAGCGCAGCGAGCGGCGGGUGGAGGCGGAGAAGCAGCUGCAGCAGGCUCAGGCCGCGGGGGCGGAGGAAGAGGUGGAAAAGUUUACUAAGAGGCUGGUAAAGGUCACCAAGCAGCACAAUGACGAGUGCAAGCAUCUGCUGAGCCUCAUGGGCGUCCCGUACCUUGAUGCGCCCAGUGAGGCCGAGGCCAGCUGUGCCGCCCUCGUGAAGGCUGGCAAAGUCUAUGCUGCGGCCACCGAGGACAUGGAUUGCCUGACCUUUGGCAGCCCCGUGCUAAUGCGGCACCUGACUGCCAGUGAGGCCAAGAAGCUGCCCAUCCAGGAAUUCCACCUGAGCCGGAUUCUGCAGGAGCUAGGCCUGAGCCAGGAGCAGUUUGUAGAUCUGUGCAUCCUGCUGGGCAGCGACUACUGCGAGAGCAUUCGGGGCAUUGGGCCCAGGCGGGCCAUGGGCCUCAUCCAGAAGCACAAGAGCAUCGAGGAGAUUGUGCGGCAGCUUGACCCCAGCAAGUACCCGGUGCCGGAAAACUGGCUCCACAAGGAGGCCCAGCAGCUCUUCCUGGAGCCCGAGGUGCUCGACCCAGAGUCUGUGGAGCUGAAGUGGAGCGAGCCAAACGAAGAGGAGCUCGUCAAGUUCAUGUGUGGCGAAAAGCAGUUCUCUGAGGAGCGAAUCCGCAGUGGCGUCCGGCGGCUGAGCAAGAGCCGCCAAGGCAGCACCCAGGGUCGCCUGGAUGAUUUCUUCAAGGUGACUGGCUCGCUCUCUUCAGCUAAGCGCAAGGAGCCAGAGCCCAAGGGAUCUGCUAAGAAGAAGGCAAAGACUGGGGCAGCAGGGAAGCUCAAAAGGGGAAAAUAAAUGCGUUUCCCCUCCUAGCGCCUUGACCCCAGAAUGUCUACCUUCUCGUACCCUCGGGAGCUAGCGCUAGAGAAACCGCUGGGGGCGGGGAGGGGAUUGCAUUGCUUCUCUAGCUCUAGCCUUCUCGGUAGUGCUUUUCCCUUUUGUACUUGAUCUGAUGGCAGGAACGCCACAGAGCUACUUUGUUUUCUUCUUUUUUAGCUCAGGAGAGUAUGUCCCGCUCAAAACAGCUCUCAGGCAAUUUAAGGGACACUGAAUCUAUUGUUAAUGAAGAGGGAGUGGGAGAUAAACCGUAGAGACAGCCGACUGGACUAAAAUGAUUUCCUGGCUGGCCACCUGGUGGCUGACAGGAGUGGGUGGUGGCACCAGACUGCACUCAUCUCUGGUUCAGCCUUGACCCACCCUGUGGGACAGCCAUCAGGAAGACUGAGCCUUAACAGUUGGGGAGAGCUGGAGUCCCUGGAGUUGGCAAGAAGGGUCCGAUUACUGUGUGUCCUGGGGUGGGGGCUGACACUUGAACUUGCUAUGUAACUUGAGUCUUCACAGUGGUUAUUUAGAGGUGUAAGAUGGCGAAAUUCUAAUGUCCUCUCUGAGG